AUGACACCUCCAUUCCUCGAAUGCGUCGAGCUCUCCCUCAAUGGCGGCAUCCUUGUCAUGACCCUUUCCCGACCAGGCGGCAAUGCCAUGUCGCAUCAAUUUUUCAAGGAUUGGCACAAGGCUCUUAAGUAUGCCCAGAACGACAAUGCAGUGCGUGUCCUUGUUGUCACAGGCAAGGGGAAGUUCUUUUCCUCAGGCAAGGACCUCCAGAAUGUGAUGCACGACGGUUUUGAAAAGGAAAUGAACGCUGAGAUGGACACCUUGCAAGCAAUGGUUGACGACAUGAUCAAUUUCCGCAAGCCCAUGAUUGCUGCAGUCAAUGGACCAGCGAUCGGAUUCGGCGUAACCUGUCUGGCACAUUUUGACUUCGUCUAUGCAGUCGAGUCGGCGACCUUCACGGUUCCAUUCAUGCGU